GGUCAGGUGGUAGCAUCAUGUCCUCUGGUAGAGGAGCACCAUGCAACCUAAAUGGUGAGGGUUUGCAGAGCUGAGAGAUGCAGAAGGAUCUGAGUGUGCUAGUGCAUGAAUUGCAUAAGCAUGUCCCAUGGAAGUUGUUUCCUCGGACCCCGAACACCAAUGGAAGUUGACUUGAUGGUAAAGCAGUUGAAAGAUUUAGACAAAGAAAUCUUCAGAAAGAUACUUAAAGCUGUCGUCAAUUCACUCGAAGGAAAAGAUUCCAGAGAGUCUGUGAGGAGUAUUGUCGAGACAGAGAGUCUAUCUGAGGAGCAGCUAAGUUAUGUCCUAGCCGGCAUGUACACAUUGCUCGGAGAAGCUCUGAGGUUACCACAGACUUCCCUCAAGCAAGAGGUUUUUAAGGGAGAUCUAAGAGACCUCAG